AUGUAUCAAUGUAUGAAUUCAAUGAAAUGUAUUUCUGCAUUUCGUUAUAGAAAUAAAGCAUCUGACUGUCCUUAUGUAGAUGAUGAAGAUUUAUCAAAAGUAGAUGAUCAAUUCUUAAAUCAACGACCCCAACAUGAACUUUAUAAAUGUCAAAUGUUGAAUAAGUCUAUUUUAAUGAGAGAAUUUAAUGAUAAUUUUGGACAUUGUAAGAUUGAUCGAUAUCUUUAUUUAGAAGAUGAACAAUUCUCUGGAUUUGAAAAACAUAUUAUAUCAUUUCAAAAUUUAUGUGAUGGAUAUACUGAAGUACAUUUCACACUUUCAGAUGAUCAAAUUUUAACAGAUGAAAGUGAAUGUGAACAUUGGGAAUGUAAUAAUUAUUAUACAGUUUGUGAUGGAAUAUGGAAUUGUCCGGAUGGUCAAGAUGAAACUGGUUGUCCAUCAGAUUCCGAAUUUCAAUGCCCAUUAAAUUACCAUGCAUGUAUUUCAAUUCAUACAAAACAAUUAAUAUGUUUACAUAUUGACAAAUUGAACGAUGGUCAAAUUGAUUGUGUGAAUGAUUUUGACGAACACAAUUCAUGUCUUUUACAACAUGAAAAUAUGUAUUGUGAUAGUUUAUCUCAGGAUGGGUGUCUCAUUGAUUUAUGUGAAUGUCAUAAAGAUACAAAUCUUCUAAAUGGAAAGAGUUUUUAUAGACCAACUAGAAAUUGUACAGUAAUUAUUAAUGAUCACGAAGUAGGUUCUGUUUCGAAUUUUUGUAUGGGUACAAUGUGGUAUUGUUCGGAAAAGACGCUAAAAUAUUUUUCAAUGAAUACAAUUAAUAAUCAAGCGACAAUUUCAAGAAAAAAUCUUAAAUAUCAAAUGACUGAUGAUAUUAUAACAAAUAUUCCAGUUGAAUCAAAAUAUAAUUGUCAUCGUGGAUUCGUUAUUGAUAUUUUAACAAAUAAAAAAACAUGUCUUUGUUCACCAAGCUAUUAUGGUUCACAAUGUCAAUAUCAAAGUCAACGUAUUCAUCUUUCAAUUCAAUAUCAAGCAUUAUCAGAUUCCUGGCAAACAUUAUUUGUUAUUAGUAUAUCACUUAUUGAUGAUACAAUUGAAAGAAAUAUUCAUUCAAACGAACUAUAUAAUUAUUUAUCAAUUAAAGAUUGUCGAACAAAAUUUGAAAAUUAUCUUUUAUACUCAAAUAAAACAUAUGAUCCAAUGAAAAAAUAUUUUAUUCAUAUUGAUAUUUAUGAAAAAUAUUCUCGCGAAUAUCGUACAAGUUUAUUAUAUCCAUUGAUAUUUACAUUUUUACCUGUUUAUCGUUUAUCAAUUCUUGUAGAAAUUCCAAGUCAAAAUCAAAAUGAUGGCAAAUGUUCGUUAAAUUCUUGUCAAAAUGGUAAAUGUAUGAAAUAUUCAAAUAUGAAUGAAUAUUUUUGUCAAUGUAAUCAAGGAUGGUCGGGAAAAUUUUGUCAAAUAAAACAUAAUUGUUCAUGUUCAUCUGAUUCAUUAUGUCUUGGAAAAACUUUAUUAAAUCAAUCAAUUUGUAUUUGUCCAAUGAAUAAAUUUGGUCCUCGAUGUUUUCUUAUUGAUUCAAUAUGUUUGAAAGAAAAUAAUCCAUGUGAAAAUAAUGGUCAAUGUAUUGAAAUCAAUGAUGAUUCAUUCUUUGAACAUAAAUUUCAAUGUAUUUGUUCGAAAGGUUAUCAUGGAAAUCGAUGUGAACUCAGAGAUACUUAUCAUUUAAGUAUAUCAUUUCACAAUGAUAUUGUUGUUUUUCAAUCGAUAUUUAUUCAUUUUAUUGAAAUUAUUCGAAAGAGAAAACCAAUAAGAACGACAACAAUUCAAUCAAUUGAAACUUUUCAACAAAAAUCCUUUGAAUUCUUUUGGUCUAAUAUGUUUCAUUUGAUUUUUAUUGAAGAUUCAAAUAAAAAUUAUUAUUUCCAUUCAGCUUUAAAUAAUAAGAAUUCAUUAAGAAAUUUAACAAUACAAAUCAAUUCAUUCGAUCGUUGUCCAUCAAUAAAUGAAAUUUUUAAUGAAACAUUUGCACAAUUUCAUAUUCUUCGUCGAAUGAAAUCUUAUCAUUUACCAUGUUUAAAUUCUUCAUUAAAUCUUUCAUGUUUUUACGAUGAUAUUCAUUUCUGCUUAUGUUAUCAACAUACAAAUGGAAAACGUUUAUCAAAUUGUUUCGAAUUUCAUCAUAAUCAAACAUUUGAUUGUUCAGGUCAAAGCGUUUGUGAAAAUAAUGGACAAUGUUUUCAAGAUUCUUUACAAUGUCCAACACGAUCAAUCUGUGCAUGUCAAUUAUGUUAUUAUGGAAAACGUUGUCAAUUUACAACAAGUGGAUUUGGUUUAUCAUUAGAUGCAAUUCUUGGUUAUCAUAUUAUUCCAAAUGUAAAUAUUUUUCAUCAAUCAUCAAUUACUAAAUUUAGUUUAAUAUUAUCAAUUGUUUUUUUUAUAUUUGGAUUAUUAAAUAGUACAAUUGCAUUGAUUACAUUUCAAAAAGCAAAAAUUCGAGAAGUUGGUUGUGGAUUAUAUUUGUUAGGAACAUCAAUAACAAGUUUAAUCACAACAAUUAUGUUAGAAUUCAAAGUUUUAAUCUUAAUUUUAUCACAAAUGAAUUUAAUUACAAAUCAAUCUUUUUUACGAAUUCAAUGUUAUUCAGUUGAUUUUCUUCUACGAACUUUUCUUUAUCUUGAUCAAUGGCUAGAUGCAUCAAUUGCUAUUGAAAGAACAGUGACGGUUAUUAAAGGUGUCAAAUUCAAUAAGAAUAAAAGUAAAAAAUUUGCAAAAAUUAUUCUUAUUUGUCUUAUUAUAAUAAUAAUGGGAACAACAAUUCAUGAUCCUUUUAAUCGACAAUUAAUUCAAGAAGAAAAUGAAGAUUUAAAUAAUUUCAAACGAACAUGGUGUAUUGUUCGUUAUUCAUCAAAUUUACAAACUUAUAAUACAAUUAUAAAUUCAUUUCAUUUUUUUCUUCCAUUUUUAUUAAAUUUUAUUUCAGUUAUUAUUCUUUUAAUUAAAUUAACAUAUCAACAAUCAAAUCUACAAAGAAAACAAAUAUCAAAAGAAAUAUUUCAUCAACAAUUUCAACAACAUAAACAUUUAUUAAUUUCACCAAUUGUUUUAGUUAUUCUUUCAAUUCCACGUUUAGUUAUAUCAUAUAUAUCGAAAUGUUUAAAAUCUAAUAAUGAUUCAUGGUUAUAUCUUUCGGGAUAUUUUAUUUCAUUUAUUCCAUCAAUUAUAACAACUUUAAUCUUUAUAUUACCAUCCAAAUUCUAUAAAACUGAACUUCGAAAUACGAUUGUUCAUUAUCAAACCAAAAUUCGACGACGUUUUUAUCAAACAAGUUAG